AUGAGUAAUCAUCAACCUGGUACCUCUAGGGGUACGAAACGAUCAAACGAGAUACCUUUGCGAGCGCAAUCAAAACGUGUUUUGUUGCACGAAUCGGAUAUUCUUGAAGCUUUAGGAAACUCUGAUGAGGAUGAUUUUGUGGGAAGUGAUGAAGACGAAGAUUUUUUAUUGGGUGAUGAUGAUGGAGACAGCUCAACCCUGGAGUCGGAAGAAGAUGAGGAAGAAGUUAUAUCACCGCUACCGCCUAGUGAAAUUCGAUUUUCAUCUGCAGAAAGGGAGGAAAUGAAUGAAACGAUUGAAGAGUCAGCUAUGCCACAUGAGUCUCCUGAACCUGCCACCGAAGGAUCAACCUCACACUGGAGUACUUCUUGCUCGUCUAUGAAACAAAUACCAUUCGUUCGAGAGUCAAAGCUGUAUGUAGAACCGCCAUCACAUCCAAUAGAUUAUUUUUGUUUAUUUUUCAAUGAAGAAUAUUUGAGAAUGAUCGUGGAGUGCACAAACAGAUACGCCGAACGUAUGAAAAGCUCCAGUGAACAUCAUCAUGCACGUAUUUCAAGAUGGAAAGAGUUGACCGUUGAAGAGUUCAAAACAUUUCUGGGCCUUCUGUUACAUACUGGCACUGCAAAAAUGAACCGAUUGACAGAUUAUUGGAAGGGUCACUGGUUAUAUAAAUCAUGCUUUUCGAAAUACAUGUCAAGAAACAGAUUUUUUAUUAUUUUACGUUGUAUACAUUUUACUCUCCCUGAUGAAGAAGAAGACGCCACUGCUAGGCGUCUAAAUAAAUGUCAAAAAAUAGUCGACAAUUUCAAUAAUACAAUGAAUAAUAUGUAUUAUCCAGGCCAGAACAUAUCUUUAGACGAGUCGAUGGUUUUAUGGCGUGGCCGCCUAUUUUUCCGACAAUACAUCAAAGGAAAACGCCACAAGUAUGGCAUCAAACUGUACGUGCUCGCAGAACCGGAUGGCUUGAUUUUAAAUUUCCACGUGUUUGCUAGCACAGAAGAUGAAACAGCCGGAAAGGGCCACACCGAAAAAAUUGUUGAAAAAUUGAUGCAAAUAAAUUGGACGCUGGCCACUCCAUCUAUAUGGAUAAUUUUUAUAAUUCAUAUACCUUAG